AUGCCUCAGACGUUACUCCGCAGCAUCAAGCAGCUAGCCAUACCUCGUCUCUCUCAUCUCACUCCUCUGUUUCUUUCCCGUCGACCACAGAGUGACAUUGAGGUUGCAAUCCAGCUAGAAGGCCAUCCUACAGUCUGCAGCAUUGCAAUGGACGCCACAAAGACAGCAGCCAAGGCUGUGGCGGCAGGAAACGGCGACGCAGACGCCGCUCCGUCGACCCGGCGGACGGCGGCGCCGAAGCAAGUACCUCGGCAGGAGGAGCCGCUGCCAGGAGACGCCGCGGCUGCGGCCGACCCGGCGCCGGCGACGGCAACGACGAGCGCUACUGUCGCGGAGAGCGGCGUGGAGGACGAGCAGGUGGAGAGGUUCUACGCGCUGCUGGCCAACAUCCGGGCCAUGAGGGGCAUGAACGAGAGCGGGGGCGACGACGCCGGCGCGAGCACGGAGGGUGCCAGCGAGGUCUGCGGCGGCGGGAGGAAGCGCGCGCGCUGGGCAGAGCCGCCGUGGAGGCCGGCGUUCAGGAUGGAGGACUUCGAGGACGCCAGCGCGUCCAAGAAGGGCAUGAAUUACGACGGUGCCGCCAGCCAUCGGCGGCCGGGCAAGGAGACCAAGGACGAAGCGGAGGACGACGUGGCACGGAAUGGCCGUGGAGUCGUCACGCCGUCGUCAGAGAGGAAAGUUUGA